CCCCUCUCCUCACCGCCGUAUCUCUCUCUCUGUGCCCCUCCUCUCCGAUGUCUCAGUCUCGCCGGAUCUCAUUCUCUCCACUCUCUCCUCGCCGAUCCACUUCGAUCUAGGUCUCCUUGCUGGAUCUCCUUCUCUCAACCCGUCUCUCGCCGGAUCUCUCUCCUCACGGUCGUCCUCAUCUGCCGUCAUACUCGCCGGACUUCCACCGUCAUUAUCUCGAACCGGCUCUGUCCCUUUUGAAAGAUGUCAGGAAAUGAUUAUAGCCGCUAUCUAUCUACUGGUGGUAAGAAGAGUUCUGGUAGUAAGAAGAGUUCUGGUAGUACGAAGAGUUCAUCCCGUCAUACCAAUCUGGGUAGUUCUUCUAGUUCCCAGAUGGCCGAGAGUUUGGCUGUUCCUAAUAGCCAGACGCAAGCUUCCCCUCCAGCUCCCGCCCCAGCUCCUCCAGAUCCCGCCCCAGCUCCUGCAGCUCCCGCCCCAGCUUCUGCAGCUCCCGCCCCAGCUGCAGCUGCUCCCGCCCCAGACCCGGCGGCAGAUUUAGCGUCAAUCAAUAUGAUUUUGGCUAGUCCUGGACAUGAUCGUCUUCCUCACCUCCAUCCAGAUCGCCCUCCAAAUACGCUUUGGUUUGAUGACGAUGUAAGCGUUGCUGCAUCGGUCCGUCAAAUCUUUGAAAGAGAUUUCAAAGAACCGCAUGCUAAUUGGAAGCAAACCCCCGGGGAUGUUGCGAGACGUUGGUUUGAAUCCUUUGCGCAAAUGUUUCAUUGGGAUUCCGGUAUAACAUCCCUCGUUCGCAACUCUUUCGAGGCUAAAUUGAAACUCCAGUUGACUCGCCAAGUUAGUCGGUGGAAGAGUAACUGGCGGAAAAAAGGCGAUGCAGCUAUGCCUUUGUGGUUUGACCCAAAUGUUUGGGCUGGUCUUGUUGCUUAUUGGUUAGAUCCAGAAUCUGAAGUCCGGAGUUGUAACAGUCGGGCAGCUCGUUACUCUGAUCCUGAUGGACAUGGACCGUCUAAGCAUCGUUCAGGUCAGACUUCCUUCAGGGCCCGUGCACCAGUGAUUGCUGAGCAAACUGGAUGUUCUAUUCCAGACUUGCUUGGGGUUCUCGAGAUCACUAAACGAAACCCGGAUGGUUCUUUUGUUGAUGGCAAAUCUGAGCAGCUCUACAACGAUGUGACAUCUAAAUUUCAGGAAUUAUCUCAGGCUGCUAGUGAUGAUCCCGAGAGCACUGGUUCUAGUGGCCUCUCUCCAAUGGAAAAGAACAAGAUCUAUUGUGAGUUCGCUCCCCGCAAAAAGGGACGACUGUAUGGAGUGGGUUCUCUAAAUACAUCUUUACGAUCUGUUCCUGCUUCGUUUCCUUCUAGCAGUACUAGAGACCAAUCUUUGGAGAAGAUCAUCUAUGACCAAGCUCAAAAGAUUGAGAGCCAGGGAAAUGAAAUUUCGAAGCUGUACAAGAUCGUUCGUCAUCUCGCUAGCAAAGACUCUACCGUGGCCGACAUUCUCCAGUCUGAAGACGUGUCUUCUGCUUCUGGUGAUGAUGAUGAAUCUGAUGCUAUUUAGUUUGUUUUCUAUCACUUUCUAAUGACUUGAAACUUUUUUGUAUGUGUUUGUGUAAUGACUCUUGAAUUUCUUUCUAUUUUAGUAAUAUUUUCGCUAACUA